UUCAAGAAAACAAUAUGUACACAAGCAAUUAUUAAUUGGACACUAAUUAAAUAUCAACUAUAUUAUAUAUAUGUAUAUACAUAAAUGUAACUAAUAACUGAUACUAGUACCAGGCACAACUUCAAUAUUGUUAUCUCCGGUCAAUAUCAAAUUCUUUAAAAAAAAAAAAAAAAAAAUGAAGAAAGCAGAAUUGGUGUUCAUCCCUUUUCCCUUCUGGAGCCACCUUACACCAACAAUUGAGUUUGCAAAACUCCUCAUCUCUCAAGAUGAUCGUAUUUCCAUCACCAUGCUCGUCACGAAGCCGCAAUUCGACCCCAAGUUCGGAGACUACGUCGAAUCCCUCGUCGCUGCCUCACCAGUAUCCGAGCGUAUCAACUUCAUCGCUCUCCAAUCCGACCACGCAUUUACAGAAACCAACCAUAACGUGAUGUUCAGUCUAUUCAUGGAACACCAAAAACCACAAGUCAAAAAUGCUGUCUCCAAACUUAUCCAGUCCAAUGAAGCCGAUAACGACGACGAUGAUGACUCGCCGCCUCGACUCGCGGGUUUUGUCAUCGAUCAGCUUUGCUCAUGCAUGAUAGACGUGGCGAAUGAAUUUAGGGUCCCUAGCUACGUCUUUUUCACUGUGAGUGCGGGUUUCACAGGACUUAUGUUCCAUCUCCAAGCACUUCGUUAUGAGGAAAGCAUAAACCCAGCCGAGUUGAACAAUGACCCGGAUGCUAAGUUAGUCUUGCCGAGUUUUGUCAACCCGGUUCCUGUUCGGACUUUCCCCGAACCGGUGCUGGACAAAGCUGCGUGUACAUUUUUCCUGAAUCAUCAUAGAAGGAUAAGAAAAGCCAAGGGUAUUAUCGUAAAUACAUUCUUGGAGUUGGAACCUAAGACUAUUAAUUUUCUAUCCGAUCAUGACCAAUUCCCUCCUGUGUAUUCGGUGGGUCCUUCCAUAAACCUGACUGGUUAUAAUAGCCACGUGGCGUCAGCAGGGGAUGGCAACGGCUCAGAUGUAAUCAGGUGGCUCGAUGAUCAACCCCAUUCAUCUGUAUUGUUCUUGUGCUUUGGGAACGUGGGAAGCUUUGAUGAGCGUCAGGUGAAAGAGAUUGGUUAUGCGCUCGAGAACAGCGGAACACGGUUCCUGUGGUCCCUACGUCAGCGACCAUCAAGUGCCACGGAUAGUAGGCCAAAUGGCGAGUACACCGAGUCCAUGGAAGUCUUUGUCAAAGAGUUUCUUGAUCGGACGGCUGGGAAGGGGAAGAUCAUAAAAUGGGCCCCACAGGUGGCAAUCUUGUCCCACCCGGCUGUAGGAGGAUUCGUAUCACAUUGCGGGUGGAAUUCUAUACUGGAGAGUUAUGGUGGAAUUCCAAUUGCCACGUGGCCGCUGUACGCCGAGCAACAAUUGAAUGCGUUUGAGUUGGUAAAGGAGCUGGGAUUGGCUGUGGAUAUUAAACUGGACUAUGCCAUGGUUUUCAAUAGUGAGAAGGAUCAGGUGGUUGUGAGCGCCCAAGAGAUAGAGGUAAAAAUAAGAAGGUUGAUGGAGCAGGAUAGUGAUUUAAGGAAGAGAGCAAAAGAGUUUAGGGAAAAGAGUAGAAAGGCAGUGAUGGACGGAGGAUCUUCUUACUCUUCCUUGGGUCGUUUGAUUAAUGAUGUAAUCAACAAUACUCCAUGAACCAUCUGCAUUAAUUUAUUUUAUCUUUGUUUGGACGACAGUUUUUUUUUUUUUUUUCCUUAUAGUUGAAAAUUAGAGAAUGUAUUGUAUGGAAACGUACUAUGAUCUGUAAUGCUCCAUUUGAUUUCUUGUUGUUCAAUAAAGAUAAUA